GACUGCCACUGGCCCACGGGGAUCCGCUGCGCUCCGUCACCGCGUCCACUUCCGUCCGGAGAGGAGGCGCCUUGCACUCGGCUCGCCCCGGACGGUCGCCCUGCGGGUGUCGCCCCCUCCGCGCGCGUGGACCGUAGACCGCAGUCUCCCGGCGGCUGACGAGGCCGACUUGAAUAUCUGCAAUGGCUAACGAAGCUCAUCCUUGUCCAUGUGACAUUGGCCAUAAGAUAGAGUAUGGAGGGAUGGGCUGUGAAGUUCAAGUCGAGCACAUCAAGGCUUAUGUCACCAGAUCCCCCGUGGAUGCUGGCAAAGCUGUGAUCGUCAUUCAAGAUAUAUUCGGCUGGCAGUUGCCCAAUACCAGAUAUAUGGCUGACAUGAUAGCAGGAAAUGGGUACACAACCAUCGUUCCAGACUUCUUCGUGGGUCAAGAGCCAUGGCACCCCUCUGGGGACUGGUCCACCUUUCCCGAGUGGUUGAAAACAAGAAAUGCCAGAAAGAUCGAUAAAGAGGUCGAUGCUGUCUUGAAGUACCUGAAACAGCAGUGUCAUGUGCAGAAAAUCGGCGUCGUGGGAUUCUGCUGGGGCGGAGUGGCUGUCCAUCACUUGAUGAUGAAAUACCCAGAAUUCCGGGCAGGAGUGUCCCUCUACGGCAUCGUCAGGGACUCUGAGGACGUGCACAGCUUGCAGAACCCCACGCUGUUCAUUUUUGCCGAAAACGAUUCUGUGAUUCCUCUUGAGCAAGUCUCUUUGCUGACCCAGAAAUUGAAAGAACAUUGCAAAGUGGAAUAUCAAAUUAAAACGUUUUCCGGGCAAACUCAUGGGUUCGUGCACCGAAAGAGGGAAGACUGCUCGCCUGAAGACAAGCCCUAUAUUGAUGAGGCGAGGAGGAAUUUACUCGAGUGGCUGACCAAGUAUGUUUAGCAAUGGCCAAGGGAAACUUUCUCAAGAUAGCUUUCGAGGUGUUUGCUUGCAAAUAUUGAGGUCAUUUGAUUUUUCACUUUAUGUAAAAUAAAUCAAGGAAUCCUGAGACUCAUUUCAUCUGAAACACAAAUUCAGUAGGAAAUGUUAACAUAUUAAAUGAUUCUAUUUUUAACAUGGACAUAAAUAAAAAUUUUAAAAAUUGGUCAGUA